CCGCUCUGACUUUGUUUAAGUGUGCCACCCUUGUAAACUCGUGGUCCCUCCUCCCCUGGCUCCAUCCUUCUCUUGCCUAAAACACCUUUGCUCACUCUUUCGCUAUUGCCAGUCACUCAUACCACCGAAUUUGUCACUAUGGCCGCAGCUCCAGUUCCUUCUGGUACCGAGGCAUACAGCAAGUUGUACUUCCCCAGCACCGACGGGCUUCUUCGUCUGGGAGAUGUGGUUCCCAAUUUUGAGGCAAACACCACACAUGGCAAGAUAGUGUUUCACGACUGGCUUGACGGGAAGUGGGCGAUCCUGUUCAGCCACCCCGACGACUUCACUCCCGUGUGCACGACUGAGAUCGGGCGCAUGGCUCUAAAGUACGACUCAUUCAAAGCCAAAGGGGUGAAGGUAGUGGCGCUGAGCUGCAACGACAUUUCGUCGCACAACGUGUGGCUCAAGGACGUAGUGGCGCAUUGCGACAACAAGAUCGGGAUCGACUUUCCCAUGAUCGCGGACCCGACGCGCGAGAUCGCCAUCAAGUUUGGGAUGCUGGACCCCACGAACAAGGAUACUGGGUCCAUGCCGCUGACGGCGCGCUCCGUGUUCAUCAUCGGGCCGGACAAAAAGCUCAAGCUCUCCAUCAACUACCCGGCGUCGGUCGGCAGGAACAUGGACGAGAUUGAGCGCGUGGUGGACGCGCUGAUGCUGUCUUGGGAGAAGUCGAUCGCCACGCCCGCCAACUGGCCGCACAACCAUAAGGACCAGGGCAUGGAGGGUUGGGUAUUCUUGCUGCCUACAGUGACAAAGGACGACGCGGACAAGCACUUCCCCAAGCACAAGGAGCUGGACAUGCCGUCUGGGAAGCCGUACAUGCGACUCACCCCGAGUGGGCAGUAGAGGUGUUAACUAGUAUUGCAGUAGUUGGGACAAGAGAAAUAAGGUAAAUGCGUGUGGGUGUGAGAUAAGGCGGGUCUUUGCAGUUGUUUUGACGUGAGGCGCAGUUGAUGUCAACUUGCUGUCGACAGCAAGAAAGCGCCUAUACCCUCUGUCCGAAUUUAGAAGUCUACGUCCCGACGUUGACUGUCUGUCUGAAUGUAGUAAAUUUAUCAUCAGUCUUAAAGGAGGCCCUCCAAACAUGCACCCCUUGCGCCAAUUUGCGAAUCACGGCUCGCUGACACAAUACAUUACAUUAAAGGGGGGUCGCGAUAUAGUGCCAUCUUU